GGCGGCGCGGCCCGCCCGGAGCGCAGCAGCCGUGCACCGGGGCGGUGGCCCCGGGGACGGCGCCCAUCGGUAGCCAGCGGACUUCGCGGAGCCCGAGGACCGGCGCGGACGCGGGAGGCUGGGGCGCCGCUGGCUCCGGCUAGGGGCAGAGGCCGAAAGAUGCCGGUCCGCAGGGGCCACGUCGCGCCCCAAAACACUUACCUGGACACCAUCAUCCGCAAGUUCGAGGGCCAGAGUCGAAAGUUCCUGAUCGCCAACGCACAGAUGGAGAACUGCGCCAUCAUCUACUGCAACGACGGCUUCUGUGAGCUCUUCGGCUACUCCCGAAUGGAGGUGAUGCAGCGGCCCUGCACCUGCGACUUCCUCACAGGCCCCAACACGCCGCGCAGUGCCAUGUCCCGCCUGGCGCAGGCCCUGCUGGGGGCCGAGGAGUGUAAAGUGGAUAUCAUCUACUACCGCAAAGACGGUGAGGCGCCCGCGGGGCCUGCUCUGGAGCCACACUCCUCCCAACGGGGUCUGGGCUGCCCCCCAAGGAUCCACAGGGCUCCACAACAGAGCUCAAGGCCUAAUGUGCCAACUGGCUCAGUGCCCAGCACUUAGUCCUCCAGCUUCCGCUGCUUGGUGGACGUGGUGCCUGUGAAGAACGAGGACGGGGCUGUCAUCAUGUUCAUCCUCAACUUCGAGGACCUGGCCCAGCUCUUGGCCAAGAGCGGGAGCCGUAGCCUGUCCCAGCGCCUGCUGUCCCAGAGUCUCCUGGGCUCCGAGGGCGCCCAGGGCAGGUCCAGUGCACAGGGCCCCGACGCGGGCAAGGUCAAGUACAGGACCAUCAGCCAGAUCCCGCAGUUCACGCUCAACUUUGUGGAAUUCAACCUGGAGAAGCACCGCUCGAGCUCCAGCACGGAAAUUGAGAUCAUUGCACCCCACAAAGUGGUGGAACGGACGCAGAACGUCACCGAGAAGGUGACCCAGGUCCUGUCCCUGGGCGCAGACGUGCUGCCCGAGUACAAGCUGCAGACGCCACGGCUGCACCGCGGGACGCUGCUGCACUACAGCCCCUUCAAGGCCGUGUGGGACUGGCUCAUCCUGCUGCUGGUCAUCUACACGGCCAUCUUCACGCCCUACUCGGCCGCCUUCCUGCUUAGUGACCAGGACGAGUCCCGGCGCGGGGCCUGCGGCUACACCUGCAGCCCCCUCACCGUGGUGGACCUCAUUGUGGACAUCAUGUUUGUGGUGGACAUCAUCAUCAACUUCCGCACCACCUACGUCAACGCCAACGACGAGGUGGUGAGCCACCCCCGCCGUAUCGCCGUGCACUACUUCAAGGGCUGGUUCCUCAUCGACAUGGUGGCCGCCAUCCCCUUCGACCUGCUCAUCUUCCGCACGGGCUCAGAUGAGACCACCACCCUGAUCGGGCUGCUGAAGACGGCAAGGCUGCUGCGGCUGGUGCGCGUGGCGCGGAAGCUGGACCGCUACUCGGAGUAUGGGGCGGCCGUACUCUUCCUGCUCAUGUGCACCUUCGCGCUCAUCGCCCACUGGCUGGCCUGCAUCUGGUACGCCAUCGGCAACGUGGAGCGCCCCUACCUGGAGCCCAAGAUUGGCUGGCUGGACAGCCUGGGCACGCAGCUGGGCAAGCACUACAACAGCAGCGACCCGGCCUCGGGCCCCUCGGUGCAGGACAAGUACGUCACGGCGCUCUACUUCACCUUCAGCAGCCUCACCAGCGUGGGCUUCGGCAACGUCUCCCCCAACACCAACUCCGAGAAGGUCUUCUCCAUCUGCGUCAUGCUCAUCGGCUCGCUCAUGUACGCCAGCAUCUUCGGCAACGUGUCGGCCAUCAUCCAGCGGCUGUACUCGGGCACGGCGCGCUACCACACGCAGAUGCUGCGCGUGCGGGAGUUCAUCCGCUUCCACCAGAUCCCCAACCCGCUGCGCCAGCGCCUGGAGGAGUAUUUCCAGCACGCCUGGUCCUACACCAACGGCAUCGACAUGAACGCGGUGCUCAAGGGCUUCCCCGAGUGCCUGCAGGCCGACAUCUGCCUGCACCUGCACCGCGCGCCGCUGCAGCACUGCCCCGCCUUCCGCGGCGCCAGCAAGGGCUGCCUGCGCGCGCUCGCCGUCAAGUUCAAGACCACGCACGCGCCGCCCGGGGACACGCUGGUGCACCUCGGCGACGUGCUGUCCACGCUCUACUUCAUCUCCCGCGGCUCCAUCGAGAUCCUGCGCGACGACGUGGUGGUGGCCAUCCUGGGAAAGAAUGACAUCUUUGGGGAGCCCGUUAGCCUCCAUGCCCGGCCCGGCAAGUCUAGUGCUGACGUGCGGGCUCUGACCUACUGCGACCUGCACAAGAUCCAGCGGGCGGACCUGCUGGAGGUGCUGGACAUGUACCCCACCUUUGCGGACAGCUUCUGGAGGAAGCUGGAGGUCACCUUCAACCUGCGGGACGCAGGCGGGGGUCUCCAGUCAUCCCCCCGACAGGCUCCAGGUGGCCGGGACCCCCAAGGCUUGUUCCUCAGUGACAACCAGCCAGGGCCGGCUCCUUCCCUGAGCCUCUCAGAUGGAUCCGACCUCUGGCCUGAGUUGCUGCAACAAGUCCCCUCAGGGUCGAGACACAGCCCCCCCAACCUGCGGGGAGACCCGGACAGCUGGCGUCAGGACCUGGGCUCCAGGCUCGAGCAGCUCCAGACGCAGAUGAGCAGGCUGGAAUCCCGCAUGUCCUCAGACCUCAGCCUGGUCCUGCAGCUCCUUCAGCAGCCCUUGCCCCACGGCCACGGCGACCCUGUGCCGGGCACCCCCGCUCCCAAUGCCCAGGCCUUAUGUCCUUCCAGUCCAGGCCCCUGGGGGCCGGCGGGCAGUCUGCCCCACACACAGGCCUCACACUGUGGGGACUUGGACGAGUGUGGGCUGGAGAGCAGAAAGAAGCCUCACCUGGCCGUGGCGAUGAACAGAACUCUGACGUUAUCCCCGGAACACCAGUGGCCCGAGGGGCCCCCGUUCCCGCUGGCCUCAUCGCUGCCUGCCCUGGAGGGACAGGGACUUGUCUGUGGCCCCCGCUUUCCCUCUGUCCCUGAACACCUCAGCUCUGUCCCCAAGCAGCUGGAUUUCCAGAGACAUGGCUCGGACCCUGGAGUUGCAGGGAGCUAGAGCCAGGGGACCACCAACAUAAAAGCUCCUUGGGGGAUAAAGAUGGGUGAGGUGAGAAAUACAGAUUUGGGAGAGGCGGAUAGCCACCAACAUGGGUCUCUGAAAAGUCUUCUAGAAUAGCUGCCAAUGGCUGGGGGCUGGAGACCGGCGGUGGGGGCGGUGAAGAAAGGAGAAGGCCUUUCUGGUCCAUGGAGGCCUUGCUCAGGUCCAUGAGCUCAUCUUCAGGUCAGGAUUUACCCACCACCUCCAACCCGGCCCCCUGGGGCGCAACUUCUUAGGAGCUGCCAGCUGCAGGAGAUGGUAGAAACCCUCUGUAAGAUGCACAGCAGGGCCCAGAGCUUCCAGCAUGUCCCCCUCUGCACCCCUAACGAUUAUGGGCUAAACUCUGAGACACUGGCAGGCAGCGGAGUAUCUCACGCUAAUAAAGUCUGUGCAGCUCUGA